ACCCGCACAAUGGCUGACAGGCCACUUAACGCUUCCCAGCAACGGCGGGCUAAAGCCAUGAUCGCCGCCGCCGCCGCGGGCUCGGCAGGCCGUGUCGCGGUGCCCUUGCUGUUGUGCGCACUGCUAGCGUCCAGCAGCGCCUACGUGCUCGACGACUCCGACGGGCUGGGCCGGGAGUUCGAUGGCAUCGGCGCAGUCAGCGGCGGCGGGGCAACCUCUAGGCUUCUAGUAAAUUACCCAGAGCCCUUUCGUUCUGAAAUACUGGAUUAUCUCUUUAAGCCAAACUUUGGUGCCUCUUUGCAUAUUUUAAAAGUGGAAAUCGGUGGUGAUGGGCAAACGACAGAUGGCACGGAACCAUCCCACAUGCACUAUGAACUAGAUGAGAAUUAUUUCCGAGGCUAUGAGUGGUGGUUGAUGAAGGAAGCCAAGGAGAGGAACCCUAAUAUUAUACUCAUGGGGUUGCCGUGGUCAUUUCCCGGAUGGCUGGGCAAAGGUUUCAGCUGGCCUUAUGUAAACCUUCCGCUGACUGCCUACUAUAUCGUGAGAUGGAUUUUGGGUGCUAAGCAUUAUCAUGACCUGGACAUUGACUAUAUUGGGAUUUGGAAUGAAAGGCCAUUUGAUGCCGACUAUAUAAAGGAAUUAAGAAAAAUGCUGGACUACCAUGGUCUGCAGCGAGUGAAAAUCAUAGCAAGUGAUAAUCUCUGGGAGCCGAUUUCUUCUUCCAUGCUGUUUGACCGUGACCUCUGGAAGGCGGUUGAUGUUAUAGGAGCUCAUUAUCCUGGAACCCGGACAGUGUGGAACGCAAGGAUGACAGGGAAGAAGCUUUGGUCGUCGGAAGAUUUUAGCACCUUCAACAAUGAUGUUGGUGCAGGCUGUUGGGGUCGCAUAUUGAAUCAGAACUAUAUCAAUGGCAAUAUGACCUCCACAAUUGCUUGGAAUUUGGUGGCUAGUUACUAUGAGGAAUUGCCUUAUGGGCGAAGUGGAUUGAUGACAGCCCAAGAGCCAUGGAGUGGGCAUUAUGUGGUAGAAGCUCCUAUUUGGAUAUCAGCUCAUACAACUCAGUUUACUCAACCAGGCUGGUAUUACCUGAAGACAGUUGGCCAUCUAGAGAAGGGAGGAAGCUAUGUAGCUCUGACUGAUGGCUUGGGGAACCUCACCAUCAUCAUUGAAACCAUGAGUCACAAACACUCCAUGUGUAUACGGCCAUAUCUACCGUAUUAUAAUGUCUCACGCCAGCUGGCCACCUUCACUCUCAAGGGAUCUUUGAGAGAAAUACAAGAGCUCCAGGUGUGGUAUACCAAGCUCAGAGGACCAUCGGAGAGGCUUCAUUUCAAACAACUGGACUCUCUAUGGCUCCUGGACAGCGGUGGCAGUUUUGCCUUGGAACUGCAGGAGGACGAGCUGGUGACACUCACCACUCUCACCACAGGCCGCAAAGGCAGCUACCCUCCGCCUCCCAAGUCGCAGCCCUUCCCGAGAAACUAUAAGGAUGAUUUCAACGUUGAAUACCCAUUUUUUAGCGAAGCUCCGAACUUUGCUGAUCAGACCGGCGUGUUUGAGUACUACAUAAAUAACGAAGACCCUGGAGAGCAUCGCUUCACACUGCGCCAAGUUCUCAAUCAACGACCUAUCACCUGGGCUGCGGACGCUUCCAGCACCAUCAGCAUUAUAGGCGAUUACCACUGGACCAACAUGACUGUGCAGUGUGAUGUCUACAUAGAGACCCCUCAGAGAGGGGGCGUGUUCAUCGCUGGAAGGGUGACCAAAGGGGGCAUUUUGGUGAGGACGGCUACAGGAGUUUUCUUCUGGAUUUUCGCAAACGGAUCUUACAGAGUCACAGCUGACCUGGGUGGAUGGAUCACAUAUACUUCAGGACGAGCUGACAUUACAGCGAAAAGAUGGUAUACACUCCGCCUAAGUAUUAAGGGUUAUUUCGCCUCUGGCAUGUUGAACAGCAAGGUCCUGUGGGAAAACGUCCCUGUGAAAUACUCAGGGAACGGCUGGGCUGCGAUCGGAACGCACACCUUCGAGUUUGCGCAGUUUGACAACUUUCACGUGCAAGCGGCUCGCUAGUACUCACAGGGCCUCAAGAUGCUAUUUGGAUUUUCUAUUUUUGAUUUAGAUUCAGGGCCAGUUUUGAUGGACCUAUAUGUGAGCCUUUGAGGCUAGCAAUAAUGAAGAGUAUAUAGGGAAGAUGGCACACGGUUGCCAGAUCCUGUGAAAGAUUUAAUUAGAACAAAUUCCGGAAGGAAUGCGGAUGUCUUUGGCAUUGCCUGCGGUAGCCUUAACACUGUUGGUCCCAUCCUUCAGGAGUGGUUUGGGUGGUACCUGCCUUGUAGUCUUGGUGCUCUUGGUAGCUCUCUCCAUACUGUUUGUAAAUGAUCAUGCAGAUGGCCGGGACCUGAGAACCACAGGUGGUUUGUGUCUAAGUGAGUGGAGGCAUCCUUAGAAGAUGCUGAUGCUUAAGAGGAGGCUGAUGAACACUUCAGGGCACACUUUAACAUGCUGUCCUCUCUCUCUCUCAGAAACACACACACACACACACCCUCUCUCCCUCACGUGCCCCUCUCCCUCCCUCCUCCCUCCUUCUCUCUCUGCCUUCCUCCCCCCAUAAUGGAAUUGGUGGGAUGAUUUGAAAAAUACCUCAUUAAUAAACUAACUCCAAAGCCAUUUUUGCAGUAAUAAAAGUAACCAGAGUAAAUUGGGUUGUUUGUAUUCUUUCCUUAUCUACUUCUGGCUUUUGACUCUUAUCACCCUUAUAACUGUCUUGAGAAUUUUCCCCUCAUUUCUUCUGCCCUUUGAAGUAUGUCCUUACAGGUGCCUCCGGAAACAGCCGAGCACUAACGAAUGCCAUCACCUCUCUCUGUGUGCCAGGAGGGUACACUUAGCCUUUUACUAGCUUACUAAAUUGGGUCAUGUCCUAGUGUUUUAUGGAUAGGUGCACUUAGUAUGUUCCUACUGUUUAUAUUUAAGUGUUGGUAAGCAUUAAUGUAACUCUUAGAACCAAAUCAGUUUUUCAUGUGGAUAAAGAGAACUCUGGAAUUCUUUAUAAGGAAAAAUUACUCAUUGAAUUAAUUCCACUACAUGGGAAUUUGUGUCAGUCUAACACUGGUAGAACUAGAAGGAGGUUUGUGUUGCUUUUAAGAACUUGAAGAUAAUUGCCAGUAUAAUUCAGAUUAAAGAAAAAUAUAUUUAAACCAAGUCUAAAUGAUUUAUAAUUUAAAUUUUUAAAUAUUUUUGAAAACUAACAUACAAUUUACAUAUAAUAGAAUAUUCCUAUUUGAAGUGUGUAGUUUGUUUUGAUAAGGUAAAUAUUCCUUUGUAACCAGCACUGUGAUGACGCCACCAACUAUCUCCAUCACCUUGGAGGGCUUUCUGUUACACCUGCACAGGCACUCUGUGUUUGCUAUGGAAGCGACAUGUUGUGCGAUGCGUCCUUCAGAAUGGUUGCUUUCCAUCAGCAUAAGGCUGUGAAAUUUGUCCAGGUUAUCACUU